AUGGAGGACACGAGCGCAAAUGUCGAAUAUACAGUCGAAAAGAUUGUGGAUCAUGCACGCUUUGACGACAUGUACUUUCGAAAAAUGAUGUUUCUCAAAAGUCGACAUCCUGCCACCGAUCAAAUUAUGGGAAAUUUCGUCCCGAAUUUCGAGAAAGGCGAUUUAUGCAACAAAUUUGUUUACAGGACACGCUGGGCAGGAUAUCGUCCAGAAGACGAUACAUGGGAGCCCGAAAGCAACUUCACGAUAAAUGAUAAAGGAAAAGCGUCGACGAACGAAUGUUUGGUCGAGUAUCAGAAGCUGCAUAAUAUAAGAAGCAAUCAAACCUUGAAAGCUAAAUUUGCAGGUCAGGCUAAUCUUGAGACCUUGGAGAAGUUCGGCCUUCCAGCAAAAGUUUACACCGAAUUAAACAACCGUUUUGAAGAAUGGGUACAAGAAGUGAGUAAAAUCGGCACCUUCAAUGAGCCUGACUUGAAUGCCAACGCCGUGUUUAUGACUCAACCGCCUAGUCAAUUGGGUGAGGAUAAAAAUGCUGAGAAAGUGGACAAUUUACGAAUGGAUUUUGAUGAGCCGGAGACUUCUGCGGCUGGGCGCCUAAGAGAGUUGCCAGCCAAAGAGGCAAAAGCGAAUAGUCUGAAAGGGGCAAGUGGAGAAAUUAGCACCGAUUCUUUAGCGUCAUCAACGGAUCAACGGAAAGCUGGAAAACAGAGCAAGAAAGCUAAGAAAGUCAAGUUGCUCACGAAUGAUGAAAGUGACGGGACUGCUACUCAACCAUCGUUUUAUUGGGAACGUCCAGCGCAUGAACGCUAUCAUGAGAUAAAAGCGCGUCAGACGAAGGAAAAUGAAAGUACUUGGAGGCAAUUGUGUGCACUGACUGACUCGUCUUCUAGCGACGAAGAACUACCACGAAAGAGAUCUUUGGAGAAUAAGCUACAGAAGCUCAAAGCUGGAUUAGCCUCCAGCAACUCGAAUGGCAAAGGUGGAGACGGAAAAUCGGCUGAUGGCACAAUCUAUGUCGGCACUCAUCCUGCAACGAGGCCAAAUGAAAGAAAAGAGAGCCAGAAAAAGGUCGAUCGAGCUUACAAGAAUGAAAAUGGCGAAGACAUUGGUCUUAUGGGAGAAAUAGAAACUGGGCCAAGCAUCGGAGUUCAACAAAAAAAGGAUGGGCCUACAUCAUCUGGGAUUCCUACCAGCUAUCCUCCACCACAGAAGAAACCGAUAAAGCCAAAAUUCCACAUCGACCCUCUUGAAAAGAUUCUCACCGGGAUGGAAGCUGAGAAAAAUCAAAGUGAGCCUAAAAUCCAGAACAGAAACUCGUCAUCCUGUAAACUACCACAGAAUUGGUCACAACGUCGCAAGACCAUACUCCUUGAUGCUUUGCCACAAGUCCAAGGGAGUAAACUCAAGAAGCAAUCACCUCCACAUGUACCAAAGAAGGAAAAGGUUAUGGCUGAAAAACCUAAAGCUGUGCCUGCAGGUCUUCUCAAGGAAAAUGACACAUUGAUCGUUAAGGAAAAACCUUCCGUGAAGAAGAAUGUGAUCAAAAAGGAAGCUCAAGCUGUGCAUGGAUACUUUCAAUUCCUUAUGUCACCAUUUCUGGCAAUGCCUUAUAAGAGACGCAGAGCACGAUCUUGCGCAGGAGCAAUGACGGAUGCUGGAGCUUCGUUUGAGAAGGAGAUUGACGAAGAGGCCGCUAAAGAGCACCGUUGGAAUGAAUUGAUGGAACGAGGAGUAAGGAACGAAAGGCCGUUCGAAGUGGUGCAAGGCAAGGUGGGCAGGUCAAUUCGGAUGACACAAAUCCUUCGAGACGGAGUUGUCCGAUAUGCUUGCGCUGAAAAAGGUGAUCGCCGGCACCUAAGAAGAAUUGGCCAUGUGAUUUCGCAGCCUGUGCCACUACGAGAAAUCGAUAUGGAACUCGUCGAGAAGAACGAGGCCGAACGAAAGAAGGAAAGGCUGCCGAGACAUAAACCCGAUUCACUUGUUUCA